AUGGCUCUCGUCGUGGACUAUAACAAGAUUCCAUUGAAGACCCCUGAGGAGGUCGCCAAACUCCGCAAGGCAGGAUGGAUCUGUGCCCGAAUUCUGGAGGACAUCUCCCCGCACGUUCAGCCAGGCGUGACCAAAACCCAGCUGAACGAGAAGCUGCACGAGCUCAUCGUGAACAAGUACGAAGCCGAGGUUGACCGCGAGGACUUGACUGGCUACGACUCCAGCAGCUUCGCCAGUGUCUCCUUCUCACACAAUGAUAUUGCUUUCAACGGAGAAGCCUCUGACGAGCCCCUGAACAGGGGUGACGUCUUCGGCAUUGACGUCUCCAUCAAGAAGGACGGAUGGUGCGGUGACACCUCCCGUCAGUGGAUCAUCGGAGACGACACAUCCGCCCAGUCUCGUCUUCUUGUCGCUGUCGCAUACCAAGCCAUGUGUCUGGGCAUCAAGCUCGUCAAGCCGGGCGCCAAGGUGCAAGAUAUUGCAGUGACAGUGCAGAAAUACGUUGAGUCCUUUGGCUUCUCCAUGUUGAAGGUUGACAGUGGAACUGGGCACUCGAUCGGUCGGGUUCACGCCGAUGGCUGGCACAUUCCUUUCUAUCACGACCCACGAAAUGAGGGCCGUGUACUUACCGAGGGCAUGGUUAUUACCAUUGAGCCUUUCUUGUGUGCGGGCAAGGGCGAUGGUAUUCGUCUGGACAACGUGACUAAGACUGCCGCUACUGCUGACAAGUCUAUUGCUUGCUACUGGGAGCAUGUGGUUGCUAUAACCAAGGAUGGUUGUGAGAUUCUGGAUUUGCGCGAGGGUGAAGAUACCACCUUCUACGGCAGUGUGCCUGAGGUCUAA